AUGAAAGAGGCCAAUUUUAAUGUAUUCUCGGAAGACUUUUUUCAUAAACAAAAUUUAAUUUCCGUAUUAAAUUACUUUUUUGUAUAUUCUAUAAUUGCUGGAGCUUGUUUCAUAAAACUUCCUCAACUGAAAAAAAUAAUAACUAAGAAAAGUGCAGUGGGUUUGUCUUUUAUGUCAAUAUAUUUAGAAAUUUUUGUAGCUACGUCAUUGAUAGUCUUUUCUAUAUAUGAAAGGAUAAACUUUAUAUUAUAUGUUGAUGUUAUUUUAAUAAAUUUGCAAAAUCUUAUAUUAGUUUUUUUUAUGUGGAAAUAUAACAACAUAUAUUCCAAAUCUGUUCAAAUAUUAAAAGUGUGUUUUUAUAUAAUUUUUAUUUUAUUUACACUCUAUCUAUUACCAAAAAAGUUAGUUCCCCUCUUGGGUAUAUCUUCAGCUCCCUUAAGUUGCUUUUCAAAAUUGCCUCAGAUUUAUUUAAAUCAUAAAAAUAAAAAUACAGGGAAUUUGUCUUUGCUAACAUAUACAUUUAUCUUGAGCGGAAACUUAGCAAGAAUAUUUAUUAUUCUUUUUAAUAUAAAAAAUAAAAUAUACCUAAUUAAUUGUGGUCUUGUCUCCUUCUUAAACUGUACCAUUUUGUUUCAAAUUUUGUAUUAUUGGAAAAAUACCACAAAGAUGUUAAUGCAAGCAGACAAGAUUAAAAAAAAGUGA